AUGGGCAUCCAUGCUGUUAGCGUCAUGCUAGAGGCUCUCAAUAGAGAUGCCCAACAUGCUACUGUCGCCAAGUUCAUUCAAAAUGAACUUGACGCUGAACGCAAGAAAGUAGCCUUGCUUCACCAACAAGUUUCUCAACAAGCAGAGUUGUUGAGAGAACAGGGUGCUCAACAGUUUGAGCUGUUGAGACAGCAGCAGGCUGGUGCUGGUGGGUCGAUGCACUCGCGUCGACCCGAGACCUUGAAGAUUGACAUCUCCAAGUAUAGGGGAGUCGAAGGGGACUCCCUCUUGAGAUGGUUCGUCGAAUAA